AGCGCCGGCGGCCUCGCCGCUUCCUCUCCUUGUUUUGCUUUCGAUCUGGCCCUCUCUCCGCCCGGGCGAAGGCACUGAACUUUUAGUUUUGCUCCCGCGAUUAUUCAGCGCCUGUUUUCAUUUCCAUUUCGCGUCCCCUGGCAACGGCGGUAACCUUGAGGAAUUAUAUAAGGGCCGCGAAAACGGGCCGGCAAGAUCAAAGGUGACAAGAAUAGUGGAGCAGAGAAGUUAAGAAUGAUGGAGAGAACACAGAUGUGAAGAGCAAAAGAGAGAGGAAGGAGCUGAGCCCGGUGCAGAGGGGCAAGGAGAAGCAGCAGCCUAAAUCUCCUUCCCAGGUGGGUGACAAUGCCUGUCGAAAGGAUGCGGAUGCGGCCCUGGCUGGAAGAACAAAUCAACUCUAACAGAAUACCAGGGCUGAAAUGGCUAAAUAAGGAGAAGAAGAUUUUUCAGAUUCCCUGGAUGCAUGCUGCAAGACAUGGGUGGGAUGUUGAAAAAGAUGCUCCCUUAUUUAGAAACUGGGCAAUUCACACAGGAAAAUACCAGUCAGGAGUCGAUAAACCUGAUCCAAAGACAUGGAAGGCAAACUUCCGUUGCGCUAUGAACUCCCUGCCUGACAUAGAAGAAGUGAAGGACAAAAGCAUAAAGAAAGGAAACAACGCCUUCAGGGUGUACCGGAUGCUGCCGUUAUCUGAAAGACCUUCCAAGAAAGGAAAAAAGACGAAAUCUGAGAAGGAUGACAAAUUCAAACAAAUAAAGCAAGAGCCAGUUGAAUCAUCUUUUGGGAUGAAUGGGCUAAAUGACGUCACUUCUGACUAUUUCCUGUCCUCCAGUAUAAAAAAUGAAGUUGACAGUACAGUGAACUUUGUAGUUGUAGGACAGCCACACCUUGAUGGCAGCAGUGAGGAGCAGGUGAUAGUUGCCAACCCCCCUGAUGUUUGUCAGGUGGUAGAGGUGACAACAGAAAGUGAUGAACAGCCCCUCAGCAUGAGCCAGCUGUACCCUCUACAAAUCUCCCCUGUCUCAUCCUAUGCAGAAAGUGAAACAACUGACAGCGUUCCAAGCGAUGAAGAAAACGCAGAGGGACGACUUCAUUGGCAGAAAAAAAACAUUGAAGGCAAGCAGUAUCUCAGCAAUCUCGGAAUGAGGAACACUUCUCAUAUGCUUCCCAGCAUGGCAACUUUUGUAGCCAACAAGCCUGACCUCCAAGUCACCGUCAAAGAAGAAAGCUGCCCACUGCCUUACAAUAGUUCCUGGCCUCCUUUCCCGGACAUCCCUCUGCCACAAGUCGUGUCCACAGCCUCCACAAGCAGCAGCCAGCCAGACCGAGAGACACGGGCCAGCGUCAUCAAGAAAACGUCAGACAUCACCCAGUCAAGAGUCAAGAGCUGCUAAGCCUUUGACAGUGUGGUUUUUUAGCUUUGUUUUGUUUGGUUUUGUAUUUUACGUUUCUCUAAGAGAGGUUCAUCCCUUGACGCACACGAGACAAGCCCUAAGGUAAAGCCUUGGCAAUAUAAAACAUUGCAGUGUCUGACUCCAGUGCUGGAGUGUUUUUAACUCAGGACUCCAGCAGUCAGUGUAUAUACCUGAACCCAUAUUUCCAAGGUUGCUACACAGGAAAAGAACCCAAGAACUUUGGCCCACUUACAGGUUCCAGUGUUUCAUAAGAGGACCAACCCACCACAAGGGAAGUGGUGCUGCUGCGCUUCUUGCUGUCAAGGCUGUGAUGGAACUGAAAGCCUCAGAAUGGGAGAGAAAAUGUGAACUAGCUGGAAUAUUUUUAAAUAAAGAAAAAUCUAUUGUGAAUAUUGUACAUAGUGCAGUACUAGCAAAGUUGCAGUCUGCUUCUGCACCUUAUUAAGAAAGCACUUACAAAAGGCCUUUUAUUACCUUGCUCUACUUAAUGGCACAUUGAAGGUCCCUCUCCACCUGUAUUCUUUUCCAAGGCUAUUCUUGCUAAAGUGUCUUUAAAGGAUAGAGGAAGGGAAAGGAAACAGAAGCUUUCCAUAUGGAUUUCAUACGUUCUGAGACUGCUUUCAUCAUGUUUGUUUCUAAUCUGCUAUGCUUGAAUGCCGCGUGGUACAAUAGAAAAAAGAAAAGAAACUUAUUACAGAGAUAUUAUGCAAAUUCCCAGAUUUAAAAAAGAGGAAAAAUACUCUAAUUCUAACCAGAGCAAGCUUUUUUAUUUUUUAUACAGGGGAAUAUUUUAU